AUGUCCAGCAAAGACGAAAAUGAACCUACUGAAAGCAGUCGUAAGCUCCUCAAGUUUGUCGAGAAAGGGUUUGCACCAGCGUCAAACUAUGAGAAGGUCCGACAGGACUACCCUCUUGAAGCAGUGAAAUUCUUCGUAGAGAAUCUCCGAUUACUUGACGACAACACUCCAGAAUCAAAGGUCUUGGAACUUGGCGCGGGUACAGGAAAGUUCACUCGGGCGAUGUUAGAAGUGCUAAAGGACCAGAAUGUUCGAGUUAUUGCAAGUGAUCCUGUUGACCAAAUGUGCGAAAAGUUCAAACGCCUAGAGCCUGAUAUUGAUAUUAUCAAUUGUGUUGCAGAGAAGAUAAGUAAGUCAGCUGCCUAAAUAUUUUAAUCUUUUCAGCCACAGAAAAUCAGAAAUCAAAAUAUUCACCUUUCUUCAAGUUGCUUACUUCCAAUUUAUCAUCAUUUAUUGUCCAAUUCAUUAAUUACUGAUCAAAAAUUUGACCAGAAAAUAGUUCACACCUCCUACCCCGUUAACUUGGUUGAUGCAAAAGUUAAACAGUCGAUUUAACUUUUGAUACAAAUGCCUUUUCAUCUAAUUAGUAUUCAUAUGAUACAAUAAAAUAUUAGACCCGAUCUGUAUGGGAGUUUACAAUGGUGAGCCGAUACGCCCAUGCACACAGCGGACUGAUAUGACUGAUAUAACGAUUACGCGAUUGCAAAGUUCAGUUAAAAACCAAACUAACAAACAAACAGACAAAGAAAAGAAUGUUGAAAAGCAAAGUAAACACAAAAACAUACUUUCGAAGAAGACAGAAAAACUGAGAUGAAAGAAUUAUGGGGGGAGUUGGUAUUCACUUUUCUUCUUUGACUCGAACUCUUUUUCAUUUCAAAGGUUUGCCAGAUGAAAGCGUAGAUGUGGUUAUUGCAGCACAGAGUUUUCACUGGUUCGCUAACCCAUCCUCUCUUAGAGAGAUUCAUCGGGUACUUUCAACAGAUGGGAGGUUUGGUAUGAUUUGGGCCCUGCCUGAAUUUUCCUUGCCUUGGCUAGCAGAAAUUUGGGCGUUCUUGGACCCUCUUUAUAAACAGCAGUCCGUAGUCUUACCUUUCAAUGAGAUGUGGAAAAAUGUGUUCGACACAUCGCCUAGGAAGUUGUUCACCAAUUUGAACGAAAAUUUGAGCUAUCGUCUAGAUUUACCGAGCUCUUUUGAAGACUGUUACGAGUUCUUUGCGUCUUUUUCUUUUAUAAUCAACAGCAGUGAGAGCAUCAAGGAGUCUUUUCGAGAGCUGUUUGAUGAGAUAAAAAGAAAGUACUUCAUUAACAAAGGAACUGGACUUGACCACAUUCCAUUCAAAAUAUACAUGUAUUGGUGUACCAAAGAAGCUAGUGGAUAG